GGCUUCCAGAGAGUUCCGAGACGGGUGGCGGAGCGGCGGCGGCGGUGGUGGACGUCAGCAGUGAGGAAGAUGGUGAAGGAGACGGGAUACUAUGACCUGCUGGGCGUGCGGCCGGGAGCCACCCUGGAUGAGAUCAAACGGGCGUACCGGCGCCUGGCACUGCGCUACCACCCUGACAAGAACCCCAGCGAGGGCGAGCGGUUCAAGCAGAUCUCCCAAGCCUACGAGGUGCUGUCAGACGCCCACAAACGGGCGCUCUACGACCGCGGCGGGGAGCGGGCCAUGAAGGAGGGCGGCCUGGGAAACCGAGGAGGAAACAGCGGAUUUGGUUCCCCCAUGGACAUCUUCGACCUCUUCUUCGGCGGGGGAGUGCGGAUGCGUGGCCGGGCAGACAGGCGAGGGAAGACGGUGGUGCACCAGCUCUCGGUGUCGCUGGAGGACCUGUACAACGGCACCACGCGCAAGCUGUCCCUGCAGAAGAAUGUCAUCUGUAGGAAGUGCGGAGGCUGCGGGGUGCGGGAGGGCGCCCAGAGAAGGUGCCCCAAGUGCCACGGCUCGGGCAUGGAGGUUCGCAUCCACCAGUUGGGGCCCAGUAUGAUCCAGCAGAUCCAGACGGUGUGUUCCCAGUGCCAGGGCCAGGGCGAGUGGAUCCGGCCUCGGGACUGCUGCCUCACCUGCAACGGCCGCAAGGUCGUGCGGGAGAAGAAGAUCCUCAGCGUUCACCUGGAUAAAGGCAUGAAGGACGGGCAGAAGAUCACCUUCCACGAGGAAGGGGACCAGGUUCCCGGCCUGGAGCCCGGGGACAUCAUCAUCGUUCUGGAUCAGAAAGAACACCCCGUUUUCCGACGCAGCGGUGAUGACCUCAUCGUCAAGAGGGAGAUCAGCCUGGCAGACGCCCUGUGCGGCUGCCGACAGGUCAUCCGCACCCUGGACAACAGGAGCCUGCUCAUCUCCUCCCAGCCAGGUGACGUUAUCCGACCCGGGGACCUCAAGUGUGUCCCCAACGAGGGGAUGCCCGUCUACAGGAACCCUUUCCAGAAGGGAAAACUCAUCCUGCAGUUCCAGGUGAAGUUCCCCGAGCCGGGCUGGCUCCCCACUGACCGCCUGCGGCAGCUCCAGGCCUUCUUCCCGCCCCAGGAGGAGGUGAUGGCCACCGAGGACACGGAGGAGGUAGAGCUCAGCGACCUCAUGUCCCACGGCGGGCCAGGCCGACGGCCCUACGCCGGCGAAGCCUACCACGAAGACGAUUUUGAGGAUGGCGUGCGCCAACACGUCCAGUGCCAGACCUCGUAGCCGGCAGGGGGGUGUGGGGGGGACCGGAGCCCCCCGCGGGUGGCAGCCGCCGGGCUUGUGGGGCAGGGCUGGGGCCGCUGGGCGGGGAAGGGGGCUCGGAGAGCCGUCACGUUCAGGGAUGUACAUAGGUCGCCUUUCUGACAGCACUUAACCUCCCUCGCCCCGCGUCCCCGGGAAGCCAGGCAUGGGGCUGCCGCGAUUUGGGGGGUCCCCCCACCCUCCCGCCAAAUGAAGAGGUGGGGGACGAGGCCCCUGUGUGCCCUGCCCUCAGAGGGAGCCGGACCCUCCCUCCGGCCCUGGCUCUGUGUUGGAGGAGCUGCGGCUGCUGCCCUGGCCGUUGGCUUGGUGGCCAUGUCCAGCCGUUGCCAGCCCAGCAGGCGCAUUCCCCCCCCCCACCCCGCAGAGCUCAGCCCUGGCCUGGGGAGGAGGGGGCGGGGGGGGGUAACCUCGUCCCCUGCCUCAGUUUCCCCAUACGUGGUCCGGUGGGGCAAAGCCUCCACAGGAGCAGAUUUGGGGAGCACAGGAACUGCCUGGCUCAGCUGCCGUCCCCCACUGCGGUCCCUGGCACUGCCCCACGGUGCCAUCCGGCCCCACGGCACGGGGGGCCACUGCCCGCCCCCCCCGAGGUCCCUUGCUUUGCCCGUUUCUUUCCUUGCUGGAGCCGGGGUCAGGCCUGGGGAGCGGAGGGGGUUUCUCUUUUCUCUUUGCACAGAAUAGAAGGGGGUUGGGGGGGGGCACCCAUCCCUUUAAUUUAUUUUUGGAAGAAUUUUAAACAUUUUUCUUUUUUUUUUUUUUGGGGGGGGGGUAGAGGGGGAAAGACUUUGUACAUGGCAUUAAAAGCAAAAUCCCGACUCCGAGCGGCUGCGUGUUCCCGCAGCGGGGCCACGCUCCCUGCGGAGAGGCCGGCGGGGUGCGGGCGGUGCCUCCUGCUCCCCGC